UGUGUCCACAGAAAAACCCAACGGAACUAAAUUUCAGUCACGCAGAGAAGCAGCGAGAGAGUGAUGGCUAUGGCUCAGGGAAGAGGCAGUGCGACGCAGGGCCUCGCCCUCGGCCUGCUCGUCGUGUGCCUCUUCCUCGGCGCCGACGUCGCCGGCGCCGCCACCUACAACGUCGACUGGUCGUUCGCCGCGGACAGCUGGUCCGGCGGCAAGAGCUUCCGCGCCGGCGACGUACUCGUGUUCAACUACAACCCGUCAGUGCACAACGUGGUGGCGGUGGACGCCGGCGGCUACAGCAGCUGCCAGGGCUCCGGUCCGACGUACAGCUCCGGCAGCGACCACGUCACGCUCGGCGCCGGGACGAGCUACUUCAUCUGCAGCCUCCGGGGCCACUGCGGACAAGGGAUGAAGAUGGCCGUCAAUGCAAACUGAAGAUGAGCUGCACCAAUAAAGUGUUGUGGAUGGAACCCACUGACUUCUGUGUGAUGGUGUAGGCUCCGUGUGUGAUGUACGUAGGAGUAUGUUAAGUUGCGAGUAUGAAAAUGAUACGACCGUACAGCAGCUCAUGUGUUAUGUAUGUAUGAGAGUGGUAGGUGACGCAUGGUGUGUGUAUGAAUGAUCGCCGCAUUGUCAGUAAAGAACCUCGGAUUGACUUGUGCAA